UUUUUUUUUCAUUUUAAUUUUACAAUUUAUAAUUCCAUUUAGUUUAUUUAUAUAUACUUGAUCAUUUUCAUUCCUUGAGUCAAUUGGACAAUAACCAUGGAGUCUCUGGUUGCUCGCACUGGCCGGAACUUGCAGCGUUACAACGACGGCCGCCGCCAAGUCGUCGGAUGUGUGCCGUAUAGAUACAAGGAAGGAAUUGCAGAGACGUCAUUAGUAGUUAACAAUAAUAAUUAUAAUAAUAAUGCCGAAGAUGCCAUUGAAAUUCUUGUCAUUACUCCACAAAGAAAAGGGAAAGGGAUGUUGUUUCCUAAGGGUGGAUGGGAAACAGAUGAAGCCAUUGAAGAUGCAGCAUUGAGAGAAACAAUGGAAGAAGCUGGGGUGCUUGGUCAGGUUCAGGGCAAAUUGGGAACAUGGAAUUUUGAUAAUAACAAUAACAAAAAGAAGAAGGCAACUUCAUACGAAGGUCACAUGUUCGCAUUGCUUGUCAAGGAGCAAUUGGAUUCUUGGCCCGAGAUGCAAUUUCGCCAAAGGCAUUGGAUAAGUGUAGGGGAAGCAAGAAAUGCUUGCAAGCAAUGGUGGAUGAAAGAAGCCUUGGAAUCAUUAGUGAAUAGGUUAUCAAAGGAGAUUAAAAAAGCCAUAUAUUCCUCACAUUUUGCCACUAGAUGUGGAGCUCAAAUCCUCCCUCCCCCCGCCAUGGGCUCUGCAGAAGAAGCCUAGCUAGAUUUUAUUCCAUCCAUUCCAAAUUAAAAAUGAUAUGUUUUUCGUUUUUUCGAUCUUAAAUCUAAUCGUUAAUUAUAUCACUUGAGUUCAUCUAACAUUAGUUGCCAAUAUCAUAGAAUGACUUGAGACUUUUACGAUGUUUCAUUUGAAAAAUUGUAAGUUUUUUACCCUCAAACUCUACUAAACCGUACAUCUUUUGCAUCCAUGUUCUGCUUCCCUUUCUCCGCCCUCUAUUCGCUGAUUCGAUACAAUAAUCAUUGUAGCCAAUUGGCCAAGGGAAGGGGGUCAGGAGGGCAUGGAGUUAAUGAGUGGUAAAAAUCAUAAAUUUUUUUAUCCGAA